AUGCCCGCUGUGUGUAAAAUGCAAUACGCAAUACGCAAUAUUGUGAAACUCAAACGUUUAUGUUUUUAUGUGUGUCUGCAACCAUCGCACUAUGAGGUCACACCUAAGCACAAAUCCGAUUCCUGUGAAAUACUCUUAGCAUAUUUAUUAGGUUUGUGGAUUGUCGGCACUCUGGGCAGAACUUACAAUGUAGAACAAGGAUCUGGAAGACAUAUUAGUUUACCAUAUAAGCAGGACCAAAUUGUUUCUAUACCGUCAUUAUAUCCUUACCAAUCAAGCCAUUGCCAUUGUCCUCCGGGACCACCAGGCCCACCUGGACCGCCAGGAUCACCUGGUUAUCCCGGUCAUAAAGGGAAUAAUGGUAAACCGGGAAUACCCGGACAUCCUGGUAAGAAAGGACACCCAGGCCCAAAAGGCGACAAGGGAGAUCCUGGGCCAAGAGGACACAAAGGACGGGAUGGGUAUUUUGGUCUUCCAGGGAGUCUUGGACCAAUUGGCCCUCCCGGUCUAUCUAGCUAUAGCCAUCAUCCCUAUCCUCAUCACUAUGAUCACGGUGCUCCAGCUCCAAUUAUAAUACCCGUACCUGGUCCACCGGCAUAUCCUUACCCACCACCAUUUAACCGUUGGCCAGACUGGAACGCAACCAAUUAUCCUAAUAUCGACAUAAACAAUAAUAAUAGAAAUAAUGUAACAAAUGAUGUGGACAUUAGGAUUUACCGACAGACCCCCAGUACACGUGGCUUUAAUGAUUUGAUACAACUAAAUGGAGAAGAUUCAGAAGAUAUGAGGGAAGACCCUAAUGACUCCGUAGAAAAUAUGCAGAUAUACCGAACGCAAAAACCCGCAACCAAUAUAAGUAUCAAUGAUGCAGACUAUGAAGAGAAUAUUUCUUCUGAACGGUCAAUAAAAGGCCACACCGAAUCAAAUUCUCGACAAUCUUACAAACUUAUUGCUUUCUCAAAAUAAAUUGGCAAUUAUAAAAGAAAGAAAAAACUUGAAAUAAUAAAAUGCUUAGUAUCUAUUAUUUCUGACACAAUAAAUACAUUCAGUUCUAAUUACGAAUUCAGAUAA